AUGCCUCCUCGCAUCCCCCUCCCCAGGCUCACUCUAUUUACCGGCGGAAAAGAGUGCUCUCUCUGCGAAGUCGCCAAAGAACAACUCACCCUCCUCCGUCAAUCUCACCCAUUUGAGAUCACCUACUGGAACAUCCGCUCCCCUCCCCUGGGUACUGAAGCACAGGAAGCCAAAAAGUGGCGAAGGUUGUACCAGUACGAUAUUCCUGUGCUUCAUCUCGAAGGCCGUGGUAGAGUGCAAAAGCAUCGGAUAGACAGAGACAAGCUUGGAAAGGUGUUGGAAGAAUGGAGAAAGGAACAGGAGAAUCUGGCGAGCGAGAAGGGGGAGCAGCAAUGUACGACUACAGAGUACUCGAAGCCACCCUGGCGCACAGCUAUCGGUACCGCAUUCUUCUCUCUCACCUGUCCCGUCGUGCACGCAGGCACACAAGACAGUCUUUACUCUGAUAUACUUCAGAGGGCAUUUAGAAACUUUAGCGAUGUACCUGUGGGCUCCGACGUGCCGGUGUUGAAGCUUGGGACUGUAAAGGAUAGUGAAAUAGAGGAGGGAGAAAUCAAUGAAGAUGGAGAAGAGGAUAUUGGGUGGGAAGUGGACACGGCGGGCAAAGAUUGGGUGGAAGGAGAUACGAGUUGGAUUCUCUUUGAGCAUGAUGAUGGUGAUGAGCAAUUGAAAAAUAACAGAACCCACCUGUAA